UUUUUUUUCCCCAUGAGAAUGAGUCCAUGUGCUGGAUUAAAAAAAAAAAAGAUUAAAAGUGAUAACAAAAGAAGAUGAAGAAAAGUACCUUUAGAACCUGCUUGGAAUUAAAGUACUGCCUGCCUGAUGCCUGAUUAAAGCCUCAGCCCUAGAAGAGACCACCAGAUUAAAGGCCCUGGGGAAAAAGGGAUUGGAAAGUUUUGGUAUCCUUGUGGUAUUUGCUAGUCCCAUAAGGACAAGGCACCUGGCAGGACGUUUCCAGUAUAAUGAGAACUGCUCCUCUUUUUAAGGCAUAUAAUCUAGGGCUGGAACAAUUCAACAAGUGCAUGGAAUAUCAGAGACCUUCUAAAAAUGCUGAAUUUGUACCACGAUGUUCUGAGGUCCAGGGUGUUUCUCUGGGCAGUCUCAAGGCUUAGCAGCUCAGCUCAGUCCAGCCCAUGGUGUCUCUGCCUUCAAUGGCCUUCUCUUUCAGAGUUGUGGCCUUCCCAGGCCUGUGUGCGGCCCCGCCCCUCUCUCUGGACGCAUCUCUGGGCCCCAUCAUCACCCGGCGCCAGGCCCUCCCUCCUGCCCCCCCUUCUCCUCCCUCCUUCCUUCCCUCCCUUCCUCCCUCUCUCCUUCCCUCCCAGCUCCUGCACCAGGAAACGGCCCGGAUCCCAGCAGCGGCCUGACCCGUGAGAUCCCUAACCUGGCAGGCGGGCGGGGUUGGAGACCAGUUGAAGGUGGGGGGCUCCACGCUGGCCGGGAGGAUGAAAGGCCCCAGCUGGGGGCUCCUUGCCACCAGCGCUGGGUCCUAAGAGCUGCCAUCCAGGCUGGCUGCCCGGAUGGCGACCCCAGCCUCGGCCCCAGACACACGGGCUCUGGUGGCCGACUUUGUAGGCUAUAAGCUGAGGCAGAAGGGUUACGUCUGUGGAGCUGGCCCUGGGGAGGGCCCAGCAGCUGAUCCACUGCACCAAGCCAUGCGGGCAGCUGGAGAUGAGUUCGAGACCCGCUUCCGGCGCACCUUCUCUGAUCUGGCAGCUCAGCUGCAUGUGACCCCGGGUUCAGCUCAGCAACGCUUCACCCAGGUCUCUGACGAACUUUUCCAAGGGGGUCCCAACUGGGGUCGUCUUGUGGCCUUCUUUGUCUUUGGGGCUGCCCUGUGUGCUGAGAGUGUCAACAAAGAGAUGGAGCCACUGGUGGGACAAGUGCAGGAGUGGAUGGUGGCCUACCUGGAGACGCGGCUGGCUGACUGGAUCCACAGCAGUGGGGGCUGGGCGGAGUUCACAGCUCUAUACGGGGACGGGGCCCUGGAGGAGGCACGGCGUCUGCGGGAGGGGAACUGGGCAUCAGUGAGGACAGUGCUGACGGGGGCCGUGGCACUGGGGGCCCUGGUAACUGUAGGGGCCUUUUUUGCUAGCAAGUGAGAAAGUUCAGGGCCAGGUGGGGCUAGGUGUGGCUGGGGGCCAGGAGAGCAGGAACAGAGAACAAGAAGUGAAGUGAAUGGUUGGGCACGGAACAGGGAAGGGGAGAGGUAGCAUGUGAGGGAGCCAAGUGUGCUAGGCAGGUGAUUGGAAGAGUGAGCUACAGUUAUUAAGGAGUUUUAGGAAAGUCAGGGGACCAGGAGAUGGAGUCAUUCCAGGGUUUGGGGGGAGGUGGGAGGGAUCAUGCCUAUAGGUAUGGGCACAUGAAACUACCCAGAGAUGAAUUUGCAGCGAUGAGGAAGGUGGACUUGCAUAAGGAGUUGUGUCUCCCCUGGAUAAGUGGGUUUUGGGGAACUAGAAGGCAUAUCCCUUUGGAAUGGAAGCUUGGGGUUCUCAGGUGAUUGGGAGAGGUGGCUGUGGCUGUGGGCUGCUUGGACACAAGUGUGCAUGUGCACGGGUACUCGUGUGCAUGCUGGGCUGUUUGUCUAAUCUGGAGGUGGUUCAGAUUCUUCAAGGAAAAACAUUCCCUUUUGCAGUGGCAAGAACAAGGGACAGUUCUCUGCCCCUCCUCCCAAACCCUCUUUUCCCUUCCCCUUGUCCAAAUGCCUCAAGGCUGAAGGAGAAACACUGUAUCCAGACUCUGGAGGGCUCUGGCACUUCUCUGCAGAAAGUUGUUGGUAGGGCUUUGGAGAGAAAGCAAUUCUGUAGCUGGCCUUGUUCCUUCAUUACCCAUUUUCCUGUGCAUCAUGAACUUCCUGCUGCCUCCUGGGCUCUGACAGAAGUGCAGGGCCCUGGAGCCUGGGCAGGUGAAGGCUUCUUCAGUAGCUGGAUAUGCCUGCUACCCUCCCCUCCCACUGGGGCACAAUGGUGCCUAAUAGCUCUGGGACCUCUGUACCCAAACUGAAACUCUAAAUUGGGGCUCAAUUUUCCUUUUGAGGAUGUAGACAUAAAUGCUGAUCUAGAAUAUAGUCUGGGUCCCACACUGUUUCUCAGUGAGACUGUUGAUUCCUUGAAAAGACCAUUCUAGCUUGAGCCUUGUGGGGUGAGGGUGACAGGUACUCCAUGACUGGGCCUAUUCUGUGUUGUGGGCUUUGGUGCUGCUUUAUUAGGGGCAGGUGUAUGGGUUUGAGAGUACCUACCACGAUCUGGAAGCAUUUAUAUUUCAUUGAAGCCACGCUGUUUGCAUGGGUGUUGUUUGUCUGUACCUCAGAGUCUGAGGAUGCUAACUUUAGAACUCACAGUCCUCUAGAACAGAUUCAGGCUAUAGCUUUUUCUUUUAAAGAAGAAAUGAUUCACUCCAGAUGCAUGUCCUGAGCCAGACCUCACUGCUGCACUUUCCAAGGUGCUAAAAUUUGCUGCUCUCCAAUGCUGACUUCAUUCAAAGUGCUCUAGAACCCUACCCAUAAUCCUGAGCACUGAUCAGUUUAGCUAGACAUGGUUGACUCUUCUUGGAGAUUUUUACUUGGUCCCAGAAUAUGGCAACAUGGAUGUGUUUGUUAGAAAGUGGGACCAAAUUGGCCUCAGGUGUUUAGUCCAGACUUUUGCUUUUGAGAGAGGGCUGCACUUUUUAAUGGUCUCUAUGGGGGAGGUGGUAGACUGCAUAUGCCACUUGGUCUGUUUUGAGUAUGCUGAUAUCAGAAACUCAGAGCUGGUCUAUGGCAGGCAGUUGGGGUGGGGGGUCUGACUUGCUCAGGACUAACUAGGCCAGUGGUUUUCAAACUGCUUGGCAGAGCCCCAAAGUAUCCUAGGAGUUGCCUCAGGAGUCCUUGGGGAGAUGAAGGGGAUGGGGGCUGAGCAGGCUGGGCAACUUGUCCUCAAACAGAACAGCUCCUCUUGUAGCUGUCUUACAUAUCGGGGUUCAGGGUAAGAUUUUAUUUGCAUUAAGGGUUUUGCUGCUGAAAAAUAAAAGUUGGAAAACCACUGACUAGACCAUCAGCUCCAAAUUGGAGCCUGUGCUCCCCAAGGUUUGGGGCAGACUUUUCACUUUACCCUCUACCACAAGAUACUUAUCUGUGUUAGCAUUCCUGGGGGGCUUUAGCAAAUUGGGGCAGCAGGGACCAUGAUCAGGUUACCAAAGUGCCCCAUUUUGAGGCCUUCACACCUGGGUGGAAGGAGAGGCUUUUUUAUGAAAGGGUAAAGGGCUUGGUCUGGAUUCCCAGAAGCAGAACUUGGAUGAGAUCACAGUGGGCAGUUUUGACCUGUUUUGCCCUUCUUAGUUUGAGGAGCAGUGGAAACCCCAGAGACUCUUCUGUCAGGGAAAACUAGGGACUCUCUUCUAGAGCCAUAUAGUUCCUUGGGAUUAGCUCUUGGCCAAGAAGGCUGAGUAUGGCUCCCAGUUUUUAAAUUCAUUUAUUUUUUUUUUAAUGAGGAAAAUAAAUGUAAUGGCCAUUUUUCAAAGAUUAAAUAGGUGGAGAGGGUGUUUCUUGCUCUCCAGAGCCCAAAGGGACAAAUAGGGACUUUGCUUAGGUCAAGGAAGGACUGGAAGUAGGGCAACUGGGUCCUGCGAUUAUUAAUCGUACUCCCCACUUAUUGUAGGGCAUACAUACACUAUUUUACUUUUUUAAAUCAUAAAACGGCAGGAGAACAGAUUUGGUUAGUUUAGAAGAAAAGAAAAAGCUCUAUAAAUAUAAAUAUAUAUUCCUGUAUUUUUAUUUAAUAAUUUAUAAAUAUCAAGUUCAUUUGACUUUUAUUUUUGUGUAAUAUGUAAUGGUCGUAUUAAAAAAAUAAAUAAAGCCCAGAAGUUUAAUGAGAAGGACUGAACAGGGUUUUGUGACUUUAUACUGUAUAACUGGGGUCAGAACAUUCCUCGAUCCAAUCAUCUGUUCAUGAUAUUGCUAAGGGCAAGAAUUAGAGUUAUAGGGUUUAAUCUGUUGAGAUUUAAAAAAAAAAUCAGAGUUGUUCUACCAUCUUCCUCACCCCACCCCUAUUCUGGUCAAGUACCCAAAGCCAAGAACUCCAUCUAUCCCAACCCAAGCUUCAAGAGGGUGUAGGUAUAUGGUACUUUGGGAUUGCCACAAACAAAAAAUCAAAACAAAGAAAACCUCCCUAAAAUCUUUAUGCAAAAUCAACUCCCCAGCUAUUGUUUGGCCUCAAAAUCAGAAGUGUGUGAUAAUGAUCCUUUCUCACUGAUGCCUACUUCAGAUUUAGAAUAUAUCUAUCAGAAAUGGAGCUCCUGCUUUCUUGUCUAGUCCCCAGAGAUAUUUGGUUUCAGCCAUUUCACUGCAAACUGCUAAUUGGAUGGAAUCUCCAGGAUUAUUCAGUCCAUUCCCCUCUGUACCUCUAGUUAGGACCACAUCAAAAUCAUUUCUGACAGGAACCGUGAUUUUAAUUUUAAAUUUCAAAUGGAAAUUUCUGAUCUUUCUAUAACCCAGUGCAAUAAAUUGAUGUUUGGGUUUAUGUGUUAAA